UGUCUUGUGGUUGCGCGAUCACUCGUAUUUUAUUUACCUUCAAUAAAAAUAAAAAGCUAAUUUUAUAUUUUACUUUAGUCCAGUUGGACAUUAUGUUAUAAAUUUUGAGAAAUGUUUAAAUUAAAUUAAAGGUGUUACAUCGUAGCUACGUUUAUUUUCAAUGACAAAAGGCCUUGCAAAACGCAUAGAUCGGAUAAUUUUCCUAAUGUAUUGUUUUGAUAGAUAAUGGAUCCAAGAAUGUGUAGGAAAAUCAGUAGUAGUGAAAGUCUUCCAGAUGCUGAAAAUGUGGAAUAUGAAGUAUCAAACAUCAUUGCACCGCAAGAGAGCGAGGAGAAUUUCUUGAUCGAAGGAAGUCCCGAGCCAAACUCGGUAACUUGGCUGGACGACGAACAGAUUGAAGACUUAGAUCUUAAUUUAGACCAAACUAACCUAUUUUUUCAUAGAGUUGAUAGUGCUGAUAUCAUAUACAGAAGUAAGAAGAAAAAAUGCAAAAUGGUUGGGAAGUAUGUGAUGGGAGAUGUUCUAGGGGAAGGUUCGUAUGGGAAAGUAAAGGAGAUGCUCGACUCCGAGUCGCUGUGCAGGCGGGCUGUCAAGAUACUGAAGAAGCGGAAGCUGAGGAGAAUACCAAACGGUGAACAAAAUGUACAGAGAGAAAUUCAAUUACUGCGAAUACUUAGACAUAGGAAUGUGAUAGAACUAGUCGAUGUAAUGUAUAAUGAUGAAAAACAAAAAAUGUACCUUGUUAUGGAGUUUUGUGUAGGUGUAUUACAGGAUAUGCUGGAAUCAAGUCCUGGUAAAAAGUUUCCCCAACGACAAGCGCAUGACUACUUUACACAGCUGCUGGACGGAUUAGAGUACUUACAUGGGCAAGGGGUCGUCCACAAAGAUAUAAAACCGGGCAACUUGCUUCUGACCUUGGACCAAACACUUAAAAUAACUGAUUUUGGAGUUGCUGAGGCUCUAGACAUGUUUUCUCCAGAAGACACCUGUUAUACAGGACAGGGAUCUCCUGCCUUUCAGCCCCCUGAAAUAGCCAAUGGCGCAGAAACAUUUUCAGGCAUCAAAGUUGAUAUAUGGAGCAGUGGAGUAACAUUGUACAACAUGACGACGGGCCGGUACCCGUACGAGGGCGACAACGUGUACCGGCUGCUGGAGUUAGGCGACGGCGGUUCCCGGACGAUGUCAACGGCCGAGUUAUCGGACGGCGAGUCGACGCGGCAGAAGCGCCGCUGGCAUUCGUCGUGCGGCCGCCUGCCCUCGUGCCGCCUCACGUGAUGCGGCGUCCUGCUGAGCUCUAUGGCAAUGGCUGGGCUGGGUCAACUGACCCGCAAAUGUAAUACUACGUUAUGAUACAGGUGUGCUGAUUGAGGGCUAUCGUUUUAGAUCACCAGUCAACGCCACUUUUUAUUUUAUUUAUUUUAUUUGGUGCACAAAACAGGGACACAACCACAACAUACAAAGCAUCUAAAGCAGGUUACACAGCAUAACUUGUUGCAGCUCCAACUAACUAACUGUAGAGUAAGAGCUCUUUAAAAUUAGACGUCUUGAGACGGACGUUUGUCGUCGCAGGACCGCGUACUGAAAAUUGUAUGACAACUGCGUUGGAAUAAAAAUGACAGUCGAUUAUCAACAGAGUGUGCGAUGUUGCAAACGGACGUCGAACGUCCGUCUCGAAACGUCUAAUUUGAAAGAGCCCUAAGGUAACUUGCUAGUGGCGAAGACAGUGGUGCAUUUGCACUCACCAGGAUGGCGCCACUGUAGAAGCGAGUCGUGUCAAUCGCCAGUGGUGCCAACUGUUUAGUACAAAAACGAUAGCCUCCAUUGGUCCGAAAUAGCACUGCGGUCAAUGCUCAGUGCUCUCACUGUGAAGUGUGGAGCACAUAGCAGUGUUCGCAGUGCAAAUCGGAACAUACCUAUGGUUGGUAUACUCGAGUUUGGUUUACAAAUGAGAGUAUAAUAACCAAUGUGUUUCAUGCGACGUUUUUCAACACACUGGCUGGAUACAUUUGUUAAGUAAAAAAAAUAUAAAAACAAAAUACGUGCAUUUAUAACACAAAUCCAUGAACACAAUAUAGGUAAAAUGUCCAAGGAUUUUAUAAAAUGUAACGCAUUUUUGCAUUACAACAUUGAUUCGGCAGUGAUUAUAGAAAUGGCCUCUUGUGUUGCAAAAUUGAUUUUCAAAUCAGUGCAAUAAGAAACACUUUAAAAUUAAGUGUGUUGAAAAACAGCAUGAAUACUACAGCGAAACAUGUUCAUUUCUUUUUCGUGCAAUAAAAUAAAUUAAUACAUACCCCCGUAUACUGAAUCUGAAAGGAUUGCAUACUUUUUCUACAUAGGUAUUUAGCCCCUAACGUUAUCUAAAUAUAUAAAAGGAGAAACUGACUGACUGACUGACAGAUCAACGCACAGCCUAAACGGCUAAACGUAGGCACUUGAAAUUUGGAAGGGACGUAGCUUAGGUACCGUAGAGGUGCACUAAGAAAGGAAUUCCCGAAAUUCCCACGGGAAUGGGAAUUAGCGGGAAAAACGGGAUUCACGCGUACGAAGUCGCGGGCGGCCGCUAGUAAGACACAAAUUGGCUUGAACUAAACACAGCGAGAUGCCUUAUUUCUACGGCUAAAUGUGAUGAAACCACUGCCACUACAGCUUGCCAAUCCAUUGGGCUAUCAAUUACUGUUUUUAUAUUACAAAAUUUCUAAUUUUAUCCUAAGGAAAUCCUGAUUCACUUCAGUAUACGGGUAUUGAAUUCAAGGUUCUGUUAUAACUUGUGUUGAAUAACGUCAAUUUGACAUCAAGUAAAUUAUUUUUUGACAUUGUGACCAAAAAGAAAUGAUGAUAAAUAAAUGUUUAUAUUAAAUUGGCAUUAUACAUCGGGUAAGAUAAUGGAACCUUAACUUUGGGAUUAUAUAAAAAAAAUUAAAAAAGUGAAAUGUGUAAAACUGUUCAAAAUUUAAAAAAUAAGUCCAUUUACCUUUCGCUUACUCGUGAUAAUAAUAUGUGAGCGAGAAAUAAACAUCAUAUUUUUUUCUAUUCCAUCAUAUUAUUUUGAAAUUGCCAUAAAGCUUAAAGAGGCAGGCCAUAGACAAAAAUGUUCAUCCAUUUGGACGCUUACGUCAAUUCUGUCCUAAUUAAAACAAUAAAAGGUGGCCCAAGUAACAUGUUUGGCCACGCGUCGUGGUUUUAUUAUGCCACGUACUUUACCUAACGUUAACGACAAGUUUACUUAUUCACAUGCUUGUAAAAAGCAUUGCAAUUAUCGCCAAACGAUUUUUAUUAAAGACUAGGCGCAGCAGAAGUUUUUUUAAACAAACGUUGGAUUUUCUAUUUAAAUUAUAGGUUAAAGAUUGUACUAGACUAAUUAAAUAUUAAUUCUAACCUCCUCCCCCAGACUUUGGUUUGUAAGUCAUUUUAUUUGUACUUCUAUUUGAACAGCCGUAAAAUAUGCCAAGUAAUAUUUGUAUUCCAUCUUUAAUGAUUGUUAUUUACAUAUUAUGGACAUGGCCAUAAAACUAUAAAAUUGAAUGAUUGAUUGACAAAUUCUUGUUAAAAUUUAAGACGGUUAGAGUAUAAAUUGAAGAAUUAGAUAAUUAUUUGACGUAUAUUAUGGCUGGUUGUCUAUUUACUCUGCGUUUUUAACUAGUUGUCCUGUCACUAAAAUAUUUCUUCCAUAUUAUGUGUUAUUUUUUAUGGAUGAAUAGUUCGCGUCAGUUACUUUACAAAAAAGACUUGCUAGAAAUAUCAAGGACAAACACGUAAUGGGGAUAAUAGAUGGCGCCACUGAUCCGUGAAGUUGUGUUAAAACUUAUAAACGAACUAAUCAUUCAUAAUUAAUUAAUACCAGGUAAAUGUUAAAAAAAAACACCGAACGUAGUUUAAAUUCAUAAUUGUAUAACAAAUUCUUAUGAUUUAGUUAUAUGGUGCACUGAUUUUUAGUGGAUCUCAAAUUGAAUGUGACCGUUAUAUACAAUAACAUUCUGUAGUUAAGUAAUAUUUUUGUACCAUGAAACAACCGUAAAGCACUUGCCUGUAUAAUACAAUGUAGUUAGAAGUUUAAUUUGUUUAUACAUUGGGGUUGAUGCUGAGAUUGUUACUUCCUUACAACUAAAUCAUUGUGUCUCCUUUUCUUUGAUGAUACACUGUCUCCAUUUAUUUUCUAAAUAGAGAAAGAGACAGACUGAUUUACUUAAGAGGUAGUGAACAUCUCAAAAUCUGAUCCAUAUCCCGAUCAAUUUAUUGUUAAAUGUUUAUAUUCAAUCGGUUAAUAAUAUCUGUUAACUGCUAUUAUUUUGUCGUACACCGUAGCAAGGAUCAUUGCACAGUGUGAACAUUUGUUGCAGAUUUUGAAUGUUUGUUGUUCGUUUAGUCGUUAGAUUGAUGUAAAGUACAAGUUGCAAUGGCGAUACUCGAAUCCAUUGGAAAUAGUAAAAUGCUGGUAAUAAACAAUGAACGAUCAGCGAAAAGAUUAUAUUUUUCAUAAAAAAAUAGUGCAAUUGUCAAUACUUCACGGCAUCAUUGUGUAUUUUAAUCUCUAAUAUCCCAUCUCAAAGCACGGACCUCACUUUUUAUCUUAAAUCUUUUUGUAUUCGUGUGUAUUAGGUAGAAUGAAUUAAAGUAGAUUAAUUUGCUGUUUCCGAACUAGCUUCGUUUACGGGAUGUUGAUAUUAGUUACGUUAGGCGGACGCUAAUCGACUUAACCAAGGACAAUGGAUGUUUAGGUGUCGAAUUGAUGCACCUUAAAACGAAAUUACUUUGGUUAAAAUUGCUAUGAUCUUAACAGUAUCAUUACAAUUUUGAACCAUAGCAUGAUAAUACCAAGGUGCAUUUUAUUUACUAUGCCUUACCUAGAAAUUCCUUGCCGUGUCGUCCUGAUAGUAGUAGCACUCCCUUACUACACGCGUCCUUAAGAUAUUUUUAAUUGAGUUUAAGUACUAUUUUGUAACAAAAGAAAAAUGCAACAACAAAAGAAUAAAAAAAUAACACGUAAUAGUAAUGUAAUGUGUUUGUUUUGUGUGCGUCCUUUGAGCCGGGCUGAAACUCGGCCGAUGACAUAUUCGUGACACUCACAUUACGUCCAACCACGUCCUGUGGUGACUUCGUCUUUAAUUAGCUUUCUAGAAUAGACAAAUAAUCAUGUUGUCCAAUAUUUUUGUGCUGAACUCGUGUCUUUUCGUUGUGCAAUAAAUGUCUAGGUUGAUGGACGACGUUCUAGUUAUUAGAUGUUAGGUUAACAGUUCGAAUAAGCCAUAUUGUUAAUGAGAUUAUUGAGCAGAUGAUCUCCUGUCGCCAAAGGCGUAUCUUUUCAAAAAAGUAUUUCGUAGUUAUAGGUUUCGUCAUCCGUUUACUUUGCAUUCGUGCUUAAAAAGUGAGGUCUUACAUUACUGUUGAACUAAAUGUAUGUUUACGCUUAAUGUUGACGUAUGUACAGUACAGUGCCUGCACGAUGAAGCUACGUGGAAAACAGAAAAAAAGAGAAUAUUAAUAUAUUGUAAAUAAAAAAUUCUAAAGAAA